AUGGCCCUCCUGUUUGCUUAUUCACGAUCACGGACAGCCCAAACACGCAAGAGCCUAACCUGUGGCGACUGCACAAGACAAACCACAGACCAUGCAUCCCAAUCCCACAACCAAGCUCCUGCUCCUCCUCCUUGUGCUAACAACGGCAAGCACCUUUGCCGGCAGUGGUGCCAGCCCCACCGCCAGGAGCGUGACGCUCUGCUGGCGUUCAAACGAGGCGUCAGAGACCUUUUGGGCCGGCUCACCUCGUGGCGGCGAGGCGACGACUGCUGCCGAUGGAGGGGUGUCCGGUGCAGCAACCGUACUGGCCAUGUCCUUGGUCUUCGACUUGGAGUUGGAAGUGAGUGGUAUGACGAUCCUUUUGAGGCUACUUUGAGUGGCCAGAUAAGUCUGUCGCUGUUUUCUUUGGAGCAUCUGGAGCACCUUGAUCUCGGCUGGAAUUCGGGGCUGCAUUUCCCAAGGGGUGGUCAUUCGCCAAAGUUGUUGAGCUCCCUCAAGAACUUGAGAUAUCUGAACCUCUCCGGCAUCCGAUUCGAGCGCACGCUGCAUCCUCAGCUCGGUAACCUCUCUAAGCUCCAGUAUCUCGACCUAUCUGAUACAUAUAGUGAGAAACCGAGAGAUCUUUCAUGGUUAACACGUCUACCUUUGCUAUGCCAUCUUAACAUGAACGGGGAAAAUCUCAGCAAGGUACAUGAUUGGCCUCAUACCGUGAAUAUGAUUCCUUCUUUGGAAGUUCUCUCGCUUUCAUAUUGCUCACUCCAAAAUACAAGCCAACAACUCCCACACUUGAACCUUACAAAACUCGAGAAGCUCGAUCUUAGCGGCAACGAUUUUCAUCACCUUUCCGAAUCUUGUUGGUUUUGGAAUUUGACUAGUCUCAAGCACCUCUACCUUGGAUACAACAACUUGUAUGGUCAAUUUCCAAACACACUGGGACGAAUGAAGUCCCUCCAAGUCUUUGAUUUUUCAUACAACAACCAGAUGGCCAUCAUGACGCCAAACUUGUUGAGGAACUUAUGCAAUUUGGAAGUUCUGAAUCUUAGAUACAGUCUCUCGUAUGGGAACAUGACUGAGCUAUAUGAAAGCUUACGGCACUCCAGCAAAUUGCGGGAACUGGAUUUGAGGGGAAACAAUAUCAUUGGAACGAUACCAGCUGGAAUUGGUCAAUUAACCAGCUUGGUGACCCUCGACCUCUCCGGUAACCAUUUGAUUGGACAUGUGCCCUCUGAGAUCAGUAUGCUCAGUAGUUUGACUUCCCUAUACCUGGGAGACAACAACUUGACAGGUGUCAUCACGGAAGAACACUUCUCUGGUUUAACGAGCUUAAAAUACAUGGAUAUCUUAUAAUCCCUUGGAGAUCGCGGUAGAUCCUGAUCGUCUACCCCUCUUGAAACUAGAGACCGCAUAUUUUGCAUCUUGCCAGAUGGGUCCUCAGUUUCCUUCUUGGCUUCAACGUUUGGUCAAUGUUCAUUCUAUUGAUAUAUCAAA